AAUGAAGAACCUGGAUUUGAACUUUAACUGCUAUUCACUACCUGUUGUCAUCAGUUGGCAAGUUCCUUCAUCCUCUAAGCCUUUUCCUCAUCUGUAAGGACAAACGGUUCAGGUCCUACAAUUAUUCCCUGGUCCUUAGCCUCUCACAGUGAUAUGUAAAGGAGAAAUGAAAGUGAAGUGGCUUCCAGGUGGGUGAAAAAGGAAAGGGAUUUAAACUGGACCUGCAAAUUUGCAAACAAUUUUGAAGAGAUCUUCUAUAAGUAGUGAGCAGAGCCACUGAAGUAAGAAAGUUUAAGGUUUGUUCAGGGGAUAGUGAUACUGGUUUGGGCAGGAAAAGUUGGUUGGAGCCAGGUUCUGAACAGGCUUUAAUGCCAGGCUGAAGUUUGGACUUUGUCUCACAGAUCCCGGGCAGAAAGUGAAAAUAUUUGAGCAGAGGCUUAAAGAGAUGAAUCUUGCAGCAUCUCCUGGAUGGAGACCCCGUAGACAGGAAGGAUGGUUGCCACUGCGAAGGAAGUUCCUCCAGGCUGUGAGCAGCGAAAAGGUACGCGCCUCUAACCUCAACUGCACUGUGGAGGUGGACGUACGGCAUGACGGCUCCGAGCCCUGCGUGGAUGUGCUUUUCGGAGAUGGGGACCGGCUGAUCCUUCGCGGAGCCCACCUCACGGCGCAGGAGAUGCUUGCAGCGUUCGGCUCCCGAGUCCAGGCCAAGAGCCGUACCUUGCCCGGAGAGAAGGGUUGAAGCCCUUGGCCUCCUGUGAGAUAUGGGGGUGGGGGGGGAGUGGAGCAAAUAAAAACUAGCUAUCACA